AUGGCUGCGAUUGCCAGCUCCCUGAUCCGGCAGAAACGACAGGCGAGGGAGUCCAACAGUGACCGGGUCUCUACUUCGAAACGCCGCCCCAGCCCCAGCAAGGACCCUCGCUCUCUUUGCGAGAGGCAUUUCUUGGGGGUCUUCAGCAAAGUCCGCUUUUGCAGCGGCAAGAAAAGACCCGUUCGGAGGAGACCAGACGCACCCUUGAAACCUCCACAGGUGUCCCAUAAGGGCUGCAGGCUAGAGCCACAGCUGAAAGGCAUUGUGACGCGACUGUUCAGCCAGCAGGGCUUCUACCUGCAGAUGCAGCCGGAUGGAACCAUCGACGGCAGCAAGGACGAGAACAGCGACAACACCCUGUUUAAUCUUAUUCCCGUGGGUCUGAGAGUGGUGGCCAUCCAGGGGGUGAAGAGUGGCUUCUACAUUGCCAUGAAUGGCGAGGGCAUGCUCUACAGCUCGGAGAUGUUCACACCAGAAUGCAGGUUUAAGGAGUCCGUUUUUGAAAACUAUUAUGUGAUCUACUCGUCCACUGUGUACCGGCAGCAGGAGUCUGGCCGAGCCUGGUUCCUUGGUCUCACAAAGGAGGGACAAGUCAUGAAGGGCAAUCGGGUCAAGAAGACAAAGCCCUCAUCACAUUUUGUGCCCAGGCCUAUUGAAGUUUGUAUGUACAGGGAGCCAUCCCUGCAUGAGAUAGAGGACAAGCACCGCUCCAGGAAGAGCUCAGGGACUCCCACCAUGAAUGGAGGCAAAGCUGUCAAUCAGGACUCCACAUAGCACCAGGGAGGGGGGCUUCCAGUGGGAGGUGGGAGGUGGCCUCAUCCUGACUCAGGGGAAGGGGCCAAAAAAGGAAAACUUAACACCCUCCUUCAAAACUCCAAAACCAUCAACACCUUCUUAAACACGAGAAGGCGUGACGACAAGGAGGAGCUAUCACUGUACAACCAGGACAACAAAAAACUGAACUCUUGCUUGUGAAAACAUUUUAGAUGAAUUAAGAAGAAACCUGAACAUAUAU